AUGGCCACUGCUGCAUUUGCAUCAUCUCCACAAAUUGCUACCUUCCUUUCAAAAUCUCCUUCUUUCCAUUUCCACACUCGCUUUUACUCUCUUCCAACUACUUCAUCUUUCUCUCCCAUUAUCACCACAUCCACAAAAUCCAUCCUUUUGCAUAAUAAGUCCAAACUUCUGCCACUUCCCGUUGCUGCUGCAGCUGUCGAAGACGCCGCCGUUGAUGCUACAGAGCAAUUGGUCACAACCCCCGUUGAUGGCGGGUCUGUAAUCGUAUCAGUUCUUUUCUUCCUCGCUUUCAUUGGCUUAUCCGCUAUCACUAUUGGGGUUAUCUAUUUAGCAGUAACAGAUUUCUUGACAAAAAGAGAGAAAGACAAGUUUGAGAAAGAAGAAGCCAAGAGUGGAAAAACGAAAACGAAAAAGAAAAAGAGGAAAGUGAUUAGGGCUGGACCUAAAGGAUUUGGUCAAAAGACAGUAGAAGUUGACGACGAUGAGUAG